CCAGUGUAAUAUGAUAGGGCGUUUAACACUUUGAUGGUAGCAAUCUAUUCUAAAUAUAGAUUUUCAACAUUUUGAUAAUCUGUUUGUGUUUCCCUCCCGCACAGCAAAAAUUGACUUUGUUCCUGAACUGUUUAUGGCUUCUUCGAGUGGACCCCCCCUUCGUUGCGCGAGGCACUACCAAAGAACCACAGAUUUGCCAAACUGACCUACUUUCCGUGAGUACGUCGCACUUGUUCGGCACGAUUCAAGAUCGACCACCAUCAAAAAACGACGUGGUCAUGGUUCGACAACACCAUCGGGCCGAGCUAGAACUGUCGUCUCCGUAGAAUCGCGCUUCUUGUGGUUCGAAAUCAUGGAGCGGGAGAUUGAGACGGACCAGCGGCGAAUGGAAGAUGGAGAGCCUGAGGCUGGUGUUGAGGUACCAAUGCUGUUCACUAAAUUAUAUUUAGAGCAGGAUAAAAAGCUUAGUUGCAGCAUGAUGAAAUUGCGACUCUACCCUGCAAAAAAAAAUGUACAAGUACGUGAAAGUCUGCUCUGCAUGACCUGGUGAUGAUCCAGUUGUCUGGUAGCUGUGAAAAAAGAUCCACGCAUCCGAAACGAUUAUUACCAGGUGGAGCAGCACAACGUCAGCACUGUAGGCGGAGCCCAAGGAUCCGGUUUUCCAGGCUAUCGUAGAGAAAAACCCCUCCUCUCACCAGUACCAAAAACGCAUGCUUCUGAAAAUUUGUGAUGCUGAUUUAUGAUCACAAAUCGCGGCGUUCAUCGACGUGCAAGAAAGUAAAUCGUCCACAGUUUCCCUCGCAUGUUGAUGCAGGCGAUUUGUAAUGCUGCUGCGCCCACAAAGCAGGGGUAGGAACCUGCUAUGCUAACCGCCAUUUCCACAACAUGACUGCACAGGCUUUGGCUCUGCCACCUGCAGAGCCGCAGUGCAAGACAAAGCUGUGAACACCAUCCGCGCAUCACAGAUUUCCAUACGAAUGUAGGGACGAGGAGGGGUUUUUCAUUUUUACACAGGCCCGGUCGACCACCGCACGAAUGAUCUCGCUCCCGAUGUGUCCAUGCCAGAGGCUACACUCGAGUCCGGCACCGAUAUGCAAGGCGAAAAAACCUGUGUUUAGAGUAACAAGCUACUGUCGUAGUCGUGGAAUGCAAAGCAGAGUCCGUUGUCAUGCGGAAGAAUUUUUGUUUUCCUUUUCUUGCGUAUAAAUGCAGUACGUUGAUAUUUUUACACUACACGCCGGUUUUUUCUAGGAUUUCCUUCGCGAAUGUCAAGCAGCAGUGCAAUGAUGACGGCGAGGUACUAUAGUUUUGGGAUCUGAUCAUGAUAUGCACAAUUUGGUUCUGGAGAUCUGUCAUGCAAAAACAACACUAUAUGUCAUCAUCAAUGAAACUUCGUUUCGUCAUGCUCGCAACACGAGCUCUUGUUUCUUCAGGCAAACAAGUUCACCUCCAGUAGUGCCAGCAUUCUGCCAGCGCCCUCCAGCUCCUCCAGUACCGACGCAAACUCUGUGGGUGUCGUCGCGCCGUCGGAUGUGGAAAUGCCAGAUUCAUCCGUGACGCCGCCUUGCGGAAACGAUUUUUGUGCAGCUCCUGAGGUACUUAUCUCUUGUAUAGAAAUUGUUCGCUUUGCUGGUGAAAGAAAUCAUGCAAUUAUGCUCAAUUGAUUUAUCAUUCCGUCGGCGCGUUGUCAUAACUGCCGGCCUUGUCAUGCGAGAACAACUCUCAGUACAAUCUGCAGGUAAAGCAGCCUCCUGAACCUCUGCUGGGCGACUCUCCGGGCGGCGAUGUGACGGUCACAUUGGAGGUGCAAGUCGCAAGCCAGGUACUAGAAACAUCUUUCUUGAGAGGUCAGGAAUCUAGUUGCGAUGAAUCGUAGUUUAUGCAUGAACAGGGACAACAUGAAGUGAAAUUAUGAUGUCGUGUCGUAUGAGUGAAAUUUUGCUUUCAUGCUGCAUGACAAACUUUUGGAACUGUACACGGAAAACAAAACGUAUAAGACGAUGAUCCGAAGCACUUUUUCUCACGAUAAUCCAGGGUCCGGUCGUGCAGCGGCAGGUUGUAGCGAAGUGAAAAAAAGGUGUUGCUGGUUCGAAAACUGUGUGUCGCAAUUUGAUGAAAGAUAAUCAUGCUUGCUGUUCGCGUGUGAAGGAGGGCCCCGAAGUGCAAAUUUGCCAUGCUGAUGUUGGGCAUGCAUGCAUGCAUGGAUGACAGGGCGUGAUGAUGUUCGCUGCGCAUCUGACUACACAGAAAAAGACUCGAACACACACGUUUUUUCGAGUUGCAUACAGCACGAUACCCGACUACACAACGAAAUCCAAGACCACACGGUUUCGAGACCUCCUGGUUGCGGCCUCGAUAGAAUUGUCAUCCAAGGAGAAAGUUGUGCCGCCGGUCCUUGUCGCGUUGCGUCGUCGCACCGCGCAGCCAGCCAAAACCAGCUCUGCGAACGAACGCGACGCAGGUACCCCGAGUGCCGAGCCCGAUCCACAGUGCAAGGAAGCGUGGCCGGGCGUCGAGCCAAGACUGGCGAAAUCCGAUGUUGCUGGCAGGCUUUCCCCCGAGGACAACUUGGAAAACGGCGAAGUGAUCCAGGCUGCCAUUGAAUACCCGUUCCCCAAGCUGCCGUUUUACCAGAGGUUGUCCGAGCUGGAAACCGAAGCGGAGUUGGCAGCGGUUGACCACGAAAAUUGGCACAGCUUGUCUCUACAGGGCAUCCGGCUUGCCCGGUACGGAAGUAAGCUCGCAGCAUUGUGGAUAGAGAUGCUGGGGCACGACUGGAAAGUUCUCGACAACGCACACCGGAAGGAAUGGCGCGACAUGCACGCCGCUGCGCUGUUUUCUACUGCGCAUCUCGCAGCGCAUCCCUUCGCCACGACCUUUAUGUAUGACGUGGAUCUCCCUCUCGUCUCUCUCCGUGCUGGGGAUAAAGCAGAUGACCCCAACAGGGACUUCACCUUCUGCCUGAACGACCGCAGCAAGGACAACGACAUGUGUGUCGGACUUAAAAUCAAGUCUCUCUCGGGAAGUUUUUCUACAGAACGGCCACAGCAGUCGACAGAGUAUGACGGAUACGCCGAGAAGUUCUGGAACGAUGAGUUUCUCGGCCUUAGCGAUGAGUUUCGCCCGAUUGCAGACGACCCGUGGGAGCAAAGAAACGCAGCAGUUGCCCAGGCCUGGCUCCGGCAGUUUUGCGUGUCCUGUGUACUCACGUGUAAGCAGCUAGAAGGACCGCUCAAGACGCAGAGAGACGACUGUAUUCAAUUUUUGUCCAUUCGGGACGUUCUUUUGAUUCUACUGCGUAUACCGUACAACUCACGAUCAGAUUUUGUGAUGCCACCACACAGUGUGGGCUUUGCAAUGAUGCGCUUGCGCAGCAAAUGGGUGCGCAAGGAAUUUGUGACACUCUUUUACUCCGGUUUUACUGUGAUCGCUACGCGAAAUAUUUAGACGGAUCAUUUCAUUUCUAAAAACAGAUCCGGGACGCGAGAGCGGCUUUGAAUACAACCCCUUCAUCUUCGCCACCCUCUUUUACGUCCGGAAGUGUCUCCAGUCGUACCAAGAUCUGUCUGCGGACGAGUGUUGGCAGAUGAUCGAGGCCGUCGCAAAUUGUCCGUUCUUACCGUGCCACGACACGUCAUUCGAGAUUCCAGGACCAGACGGCCCACAAGACUUCCGAAUCUCCGACCGGGUUCCGGAGCCCCUAUUGCUCAUCGCCGUCGACCUGUUGCGCAAGCUCGUCGGGAAAGACGUGACUACAGUGCCGAACUUUCAGGUAAAAACGCUGCAAAAGCUCAACGCACACAUCGAGUUUGCGCGAAGCCAGCACGUUCGGGUACUUUGCGAGACCUACCGCGCGCCGCUGCGCAAAGUAAACCCAGCCCGGUUUGACCCGUUCGCGGUGGAGUACCAUUUGCAGUCCCCGCCGCAGUGGAGAGAAGAAAGAUCUCCAACCCACAGUACACCGAUCUUGCCAAAAGCCUUCUACAACAUGUACAAGCCGCGGUAUGAGGGGCAAGGAAUGCCAUUCUUUUACCAGGAUUGCGGGCCCGCGUACGACUUCUCUUCUGCUGUCUCAGCCGUGCACGAUUUUUUGUUGUCCGCCACAGAAACGACGUCGCGACUGAAGUCAACCUCUCCGCGGACGCGGCUCGACGCAGGGGCGCCACACGAUGUGGUGUGUAAGGUGAAGACCGCGGAUUCCAGCCGCACAAAACCUCUCCCGCAAACCUCCGUCGACAGCGCCAUAACGGUCCAACUCACAAACGCCGGCGGCGACAGCUUCAGCGUAAGUCAACACCCAUUUGUUGCGACUGGGCGUUUUCGCCCUUCACUAAUUUGGUAUGCGACAACUCUUCAUCUCCACUUGAAGUGAUAGUGAUGCAUACAUAUGCCAAAUGUUUCUUCCGAAACAGGUCACUAUCUCCGACUAUGACACCAAGCCUGCGGAGGAACGGUUUCACGAACUCAAACUGGAGGCAGCGAGGUUAUUCAUUGCGAAGAUAUCUGGGUCUGGAAGAACGCGGCCUUCUGAUGCGGAUUUUGCACCAGGUAAAAAUCUAUACCGCUGAGUCAGCAAAAGAUGUGCGAUUUUUGCCUCCAGGAGACGACAUAAUUUCUCAUGGACAUUAGGCAUGAAGAAGUCUCUGCAGAAUUUGACAUGCUCUGCGUGCAUGGCCGAAUUCCGAUAACUACCAUCCAAAACUGCAUGACAAAUAUGUGAUUCUGUCAGACCCAGACAUGUUUGCAUUUGAUGGAGAUGGAUGUCCAGCAGCACCGAAAACAUUAUUCCAUCAGUGCUGAUCAACUUCCUGCGCCAAGGUCUCCGCAGCGGCUCUUCCACAGAAGAGCUGUCCACGUCGCAAUCACCUGUUGCUGUACUGCAAGAUGACGAGCUGCAGGACGGGGAAGAGCUCGUGGUGUACGUGGUAGGCCCCGAUCGUUUUUCCGGCUUCGAGGCCUUCGCCCAAGCUGAUCCAGACGAACGGGUCGGCUGGUUUUACCACAAUAAAAACAUCGACGCCGCGAACUUUUUCCUGCAAAUUCGUGAUCACGUCGGGAUCGCGGACAGGGGGAUAGACGAAGAGCAAGUUGAUUAUGGCAAACGCGUGCGAACAUACGUAUUCCACUGUACGCCGCAAGAACCUCUACUUUUCUUGCAGCACCUUCUAAACCUAGGAUACUGCUUGGCAUUACCAUGAUGGCUUGAAUGGAAGAAUAAGCAACAUGGAUGAGUGAGGCUUUUGCGUGCAUUUUUCAGCGGAAUAAACUUGGGCGGAGUCGCUCUUUUGCUCUCUUGCCUACCCAUAUGAAAAUCUUUCGGUGGACGGUAUGGGUGCGUCACCCAGCUCCUUUCGUCCGCAGCAUCACAUCGGCGGCAAUGCCAGCGCGGAAAGAAACUUUGCGGUUGUGCAAGCGUGGUUGCACGAGUUUUGUUACUCUUGCCUCCUGGACAUCGCUACGCUGCCGGUGGUACUGCAGGACGAUUUUGCGGCGAAAAAAAGUGCAGAACGAGAUGCAGCGGCAAGCCAGGGCGAGUUUUGCUUCGUCACGCUUCUGGUCGUCCUCCGACCGAUUGUCGAACACAUUGCUCUGCACGAAUAUCUUCCAGUAUCGGGGCCACUCGCGUUCGCCGGAAAUGAGGAAAUCACGCUGGCGCUGCAACCGGUGUGGACGAGCGCGGCUAUUUGGAAAAUGAUAGCAGCACUCGCGAACUGCCCUCCGAGACCGGCACUCUCGACACAAGCAGGCGACGCCCCCUUGUGGCAUUUGAAGGAACGCGUGCCCGAGCCAGUGCUCCUCAUCGCAAAUGACUUGCUCAUGGUCGUGAUGGGCAGGCAGCAGGGGAGGGUGACGGAGGAACAGGAACAAAUCAUCCGAAAAUUGCAUGCGGCGGCAGAGUUCGCUCAUGCGCAGCACGUCAGGAUUCUGGAGAUGCACUUGAACAUAAGGCGAAACGGCUGGGGAGAUAUGCCGUGCAAAUAUCUCUGAAUCUGGAAAGUUGUGGUGCUACUUGAUAAGUGCAUGACAAAGUCGUGACUUGAAUACGCAGCUAGGCAUGACAGAUUCUUGCAUGGUCCUGUGGCGAGUAGAGCGCAUGAGAAAAUGCGCUGUCGCAGAAACGGAACCACAGCCAGCGCUAUUCCGGAAACUGCAUUACAGUUUCCAGAGGAGUUGUAAUGCUGGACUGUCGCCUGAGGCGAGGGUUCAGCAUUACAACUCCGGCAUUUUUCUUCAAGAUCUAGAUUCAGAGGUAUUUGCAUGUGAUCAACAUGAACCCAGACGCGAAUGACGAAACCAUUCAGCAGCGAGUACAAGAACUCAUCUGCGCAACCCGGGGUAUGCCGUUCCAGGACAUGAAAUAUGGCUGCAAAGAGAACAGCUGUACGUACGCACAGGCCCUUGCACUUCAUAUAAACUUGCGAAAUGUUUUGCUGAUGCGGAAGCUGUGUUUAAAGUUCGGCUUGGCCAUAGAGUCAAUUUCAAAAAGCGUUGUUUGUGUUUCGUGUAAUUUGGCGUCAGUACAGCUACAACCUUUCCAAGCGAUAUACCUGGUAAUUGUGGCCACCAAAACGCCUACACAUCGCAGCUUCUUGUCGCAUCUACUCAAGAAAAAAAAUGUAGCCCUCACGAUUGCUUGCAUCAUCUUCCAGUAUGCAUCUUUUUUUUCAGUUCCAAAAAGUAUACAUUAUGGAACUCGACUAGUAUGUACGGAUCGUCCGAACAAUGUGCAUUGCUUCUGCGAUGCAUCGGUUUCCAUUGUGUGCGCGACACUUCGGUUUCCUUGCCUAACUACGUGAUUUGCAUACAGCAAGCGGUCGUCAGUGACAGUUGCAGGGGAAUCGUCUUUUUUUUCCGCUCCAUAAGUGUGCAAGGGCAGAAAGUGGAUCCCGACGCAGAGGUUUUAUCCUGGGAAAGAAGUUUUACAGUGACACAUUCGUUGUAACUUCAGCAACACAAACUUGCGAUGCAUGGCAGGAAAAAACUUGCAUUGCAGAGACCAUAAGGAAGGAAACACAGGAAAGUACACUCCUGAGUAUAUUUUUUAUGACAGAAAUUGAUAGUCUUGCUUGCUGUGCCAGACAAUGUGUCAGUUCUGUAAAUACUUUUUAUACUGCAUAGGCUUUUGACUUCCAAUACUCCACAGUCUUCUUGUGCAUUGCAAAUAUCCCUGAACGUCUGGACAGUUACAAGAGUUGUCAUGCAGGUUUUCCAUGGCUCAUGCGGUCUGGCAUAGAAGAUGCAGCAUCUCAGAUUCUGCGAUAUCUCUAUCAUGCCUCGUCUGCAUGAGAAACUGCCUCCCAACUUCAGUAAAAGUGGACAACUUGUAGCAAUCACGAAAUACAGACUUAGCAUGACAAGUUGCAGCGAUCAAGAUAUCCAAGAAUAUUUGCAAUGCAUACUCCUACGAGGAAGAUCAGUUUCACGUGACGCAGGUGUUUCGAUGGCACGCAGAGAUCAUGUCCUCCUUGAAGAGGGACUGGAAAGGAGCCCAUGAAAGGUUGUGGAAAGCGGUUUUCUGUAAAGAUGUACCUGAAGAGGUCAGUCCAUCUGUACCUUUUGCGGCCUUCUUUCUCAACUCCAGUGACGAGUACUUCGUGGCAGAACUUAUUCAGUAUCACUCAGUAAGCGUCCGAAAAUGAAUUUAUGCAAUUUGUUAUUUUUCACCUGAACGAAUCACAGUACGCAAAAACGAAACCUAAGAAGCGAAUUCUAUUCGAAAAUAAUGUCAAGACCGUCACGAAUGAGAACUUUUGCUAUAAACGUUACCAGUAACUCGGACUUGUGAAUCAAUUCAAAACAGCAGGCUUUAAUAAGAUCACAAGGCCGCGAAAGGACAUCCUAAGGCGACAGUGCCGAAUCGACUACAUUCUGCAGCGUGGACUUUUUAACGAGGUUCAACUAGAGGUAGCAGAUGUUGCAAAAUGUGCGAAUUCUGAUUGUAGAAAACUUCGAUGCGACUCUUGCGUUAGAU